CCGGAGCGCAGCCUUAGCUGUGGCAGCUGCGGGAGCAGCGGCCGCCUUGGGAGCUGGCGGAGAGGCAGCCGCGGAGCGCAGAGCUGGCCGCGCCCCGAGGCCCGGCCCUAGCGGUGGGGAACCGCACCGAGGAGCUGGAAACUUUCCCGUUCUCUUCCCAGCUGUCUGUGGUCACAGAGGAACUUUCUGGGUGCCCCCCGAGUAAGACAGCGUCUCUCUGUUGCCAGCAAGUAGAGUUUGGGGUGAAGCGAGAAGCGAAAGAGUGUUGAAAAUGUUAAAGGCUGUGCUGAAGAAGAGCCGAGAGGGAGGAAAGGGAAGCAAGAAGGAAACAGGAGGUGACUUUGGUCUGGAGACUUCCCCUUCAGUCCUGCCCCCUGGCCAUGGUGGCGAGUUUUCUGUGAGCAGCCUUCCGGUGGCAGAGGACGCCUACAGGGUGAGCUUGGCCAAAGGUGUCUCCAUGUCUCUGCCUUCGUCACCUCUGCUGCCUCGACAGUCUCACUCUGUGCCGUCAAGAUCAACCAAAAAGUCCCCAGGUCCCGUCAGGAAGCCCAAGUAUGUGGAAAGCCCCAGAGUGCCUGGAGAUACAGUCAUAAUCCCGUUCCGAGACGUGCCCAAGCCAACAGAGCCCAGUGAAAAUGAAGCAAAGGCCGAUAAUGAACCGAGCUGUUCGCCAGCAGCUCAAGAACUGUUGACAAGGCUGGGAUUUUUACUGGGAGAAGGGAUCCCAAGUUCCACACACAUCACCAUUGAAGAAAAAAACGAAACCAUGUGCACAGCUCUGAGCCAAGGCAUCAGCCCUUGCUCCACACUUACAAGCAGUACCGCGUCUCCUAGCACCGAUAGCCCCUGCUCAACCUUGAAUAGCUGUGUCAGCAAGACGGCAGCCAACAAAAGUCCCUGUGAGACCAUUAGCAGCCCUAGUUCCACCCUGGAAAGCAAGGACAGUGGAAUUAUAGCCACAAUUACAAGUUCAUCCGAAAAUGAUGACCGGAGUGGCUCCAGUUUGGAAUGGAAUAAGGACGGAAGCCUAAGGUUAGGGGUACAGAAGGGAGUGCUUCAUGACCGCAGGGCAGAUAAUUGCUCCCCAGUGGCAGAAGAGGAGCCCCCUGGGCCAGCGGAGAGUGUGCUGCCCAAAGCCGAAGCCUCAGUUGGAGAUGGUCCGGUCCCUUAUUCUCAGAGCUCCAGCUCGCUAAUAAUGCCACGGCCCAACUCAGUUGCAGCGACGAGCUCAACCAAAUUGGAAGAUCUGAGUUAUUUAGACGGACAGAGAAAUGCUCCCCUUCGGACAUCAAUUAGGUUACCAUGGCACAAUACGGCCAGAGGCAGGGCACAGGAAGUUAAAGCACGAUUUGCUCCCUACAAGCCUCAAGACAUUUUGUUGAAACCCCUGUUGUUCGAAGUACCGAGCAUAACUACAGACUCUGUGUUUGUGGGAAGGGAUUGGCUCUUUCACCAGAUAGAAGAAAACUUGAGGAACACAGAACUGACAGAAAACAGAGGAGCAGUGGUUGUUGGAAACGUGGGCUUUGGGAAGACGGCGAUCAUUUCUAAGUUGGUGGCACUGAGCUGCCACGGAAGCCGCAUGAGGCAGAUUGCUUCCAACAGCCCCAGUUCAUCACCGAAAACUUCAGAUUCCUCCCAGGAUCUUCCUUUCACUCCAUUGCUUUCACCAAGUUCUUCUACAAGUGGUAUCAAUGCAGCUAAAUCCCCCCCUGGGUCUGGGUCUGAUACUCCUGAGAACCAGAGACCAAGAGAGGAUGCAGUGAAAUACCUCGCUUCUAAGGUCGUGGCCUACCACUACUGCCAGGCCGACAACACCUACACGUGCCUGGUGCCCGAGUUCGUGCACAGCAUCGCCGCUCUGCUCUGCCGGUCCCAUCAGCUGGCCGCCUACCGAGACCUGCUGAUAAGGGAGCCCCAGCUCCAGAGCAUGCUGAGCCUCAGGUCGUGUGUGCAGGACCCGGUGGCCGCUUUCAAGAGGGGUGUGCUGGAACCACUCGCAAGCCUGCGAAACGAGCAGAAAAUUCCUGAAGAAGAAUACAUUAUUUUGAUAGAUGGUUUAAACGAAGCUGAGUUUCAUAAACCUGAUUAUGGAGAUACACUUUCUUCAUUUAUUAUCAAGAUUAUUUCUAAAUUCCCUGCCUGGUUGAAGUUGAUUGUGACUGUAAGAGCAAAUUUUCAGGAAAUCGUCAGCAAGCUGCCGUUCAUCAAGCUGUCCUUAGACGACUUCCCAGACAACAAGGACAUCCACAGCGACCUGCACGCCUACGUCCAGCACAGGGUCCACGGCAGCCAGGACAUCCUCGGCAACAUCUCUCUGAACGGCAAGGCCGACGCCGCCCUCAUCGGGAAAGUGAGCAGCCACCUGGUGCUGCGGAGCCUCGGCUCCUACCUGUACCUCAAGCUCACCUUGGACCUCUUCCAGAGGGGACACCUGGUCAUCAAGAGCGCCAGCUACAAGGUGGUGCCCGUGUCGCUGUCCGAGCUCUACCUGCUGCAGUGCAACAUGAAGUUCAUGACCCAGUCCGCCUUCGAGAGAGCGCUGCCCAUUUUAAACGUGGCCCUCGCAUCCCUCCACCCCAUGACAGACGAGCAGAUCUUCCAGGCGAUUAACGCCGGCCACAUCCAAGGGGAGCAGGGCUGGGAGGACUUUCAGCAGAGGAUGGAUGCCCUCUCCUGCUUCCUCAUUAAGAGGCGAGACAAAACCCGCAUGUUCUGCCACCCGUCCUUCAGGGAGUGGCUCGUGUGGAGGGCAGAUGGCGAGAACACGGCCUUCCUGUGUGAACCCAGGAACGGGCAUGCUCUCCUGGCAUUCAUGUUCUCGAGACAGGAGGGCAAGCUGAACCGCCAGCAGACCAUGGAGCUCGGCCAUCACAUCCUGAAGGCACACAUUUUCAAGGGCCUCAGCAAGAAGACUGGAAUCUCUUCAAGCCAUCUGCAAGCCCUGUGGAUUGGGUACAGCACCGAGGGGCUGUCUGCUGCCCUGGCCUCCCUCAGGAAUCUCUACACUCCCAAUGUGAAGGUGAGCCGUCUCCUAAUUUUGGGAGGGGCCAACGUGAACUACAGGACCGAAGUGUUAAAUAACGCCCCGAUCCUGUGCGUCCAGUCUCACCUCGGCCACGAGGAGGUGGUCACUCUGCUCCUGGAAUUUGGCGCCUGCCUGGACGGCACGUCGGAGAACGGCAUGACUGCCCUCUGCUACGCGGCCGCUGCCGGCCACAUGAAGCUGGUGUGUCUGCUGGCCAAGAAGGGGGCGAGGGUGGACCACUUGGAUAAGAAAGGCCAGUGCGCGCUGGUCCACAGCGCACUGAGGGGCCACGGCGACAUCCUCCGCUACCUGCUGACCUGUGAGUGGUCCGUGGGCCCACCCCAGCCAGGCGUGCUGAGGAAGAGCCAGGCCCUGCAGCAGGCACUGACAGCGGCCGCCAGCAUGGGCCACAGCUCGGUGGUCCAGUGCUUGCUGGGACUGGAAAAGGAACAUGAAAUAGACAUCAAUGGCACCGACACACUGUGGGGAGAAACAGCCCUGACGGCCGCUGCAGGACGAGGCAAGCUGGAGGUCUGCGAGCUGCUGCUGGAGCGUGGAGCCGCCGCGUCUCGGGCUAACAGGAGAGGCGUCCCUCCGUUGUUCUGCGCGGCACGCCAGGGGCAUUGGCAGAUCGUUAGGCUGCUGUUGGACCGUGGCUGUGACGUGAACCUAAGUGACAAGCAGGGCCGGACGCCCCUCAUGGUGGCUGCUUGUGAAGGGCACUUGAGCACCGUGGAAUUUCUCCUUUCGAAAGGUGCCGCCCUUUCUUCUCUGGACAAAGAGGGUCUGUCGGCAUUAAGCUGGGCUUGUCUGAAAGGGCACAGGGCUGUGGUCCAGUUCCUGGUGGAGGAAGGAGCCAAGAUCGACCAGACGGACAAGAACGGCCGCAGCCCCCUGGACCUGGCCGCCUUCUACGGCGAUGCGGAGACCGUUCUGUACCUGGUCGACAAGGGGGCCGUGAUCGAGCACGUGGACCACAGCGGCAUGCGGCCCUUGGACAGAGCCAUCGGUUGUCGAAACACAUCUGUAGUGAUUACACUGCUGAGAAAAGGAGCCAAGUUAGGAAAUGCUGCUUGGGCGAUGGCUACUUCCAAACCUGAUAUUCUGAUUAUACUUUUACAGAAAUUGAUGGAGGAAGGAAACUUGAUGUACAAAAAAGGGAAGAUGAAAGAGGCAGCCCAGAGGUACCAGUAUGCCUUAAGGAAGUUUCCUCGAGAAGGAUUCGGAGAGGACAUGAGACCGUUCAAUGAGCUAAGGGUUUCCCUCUAUCUCAAUUUGUCUCGCUGCCGAAGAAAAACAAAUGACUUCGGCAUGGCAGAAGAAUUUGCUUCCAAGGCUCUCGAGUUGAAACCAAAGUCCUAUGAAGCCUUUUACGCCAGAGCAAGAGCAAAGAGGAGCAGCAGGCAGUUCACGGCCGCUCUGGCUGACUUGCGGGAAGCCGUGAAGCUCUGUCCCACCAACCAGGAGAUCAGGAGGCUCCUGGCGCGCGUAGAAGAGGAAUGCAAGCAGCUCCAGAGGAGCCAGCAGCAGAAGCAGCAGUGCCCGCCGCCAGCGCCCCCCGCCGACUCGGACCACGAGGAGGACGCCCCGACCCCCGGCCUGAACGACCACUUUCAUCUUGAGGAGGCUGAGGAGGAGGAGACCUCUCCACAGGAAGAAUCCGUUCCCCUCGCUCCCAGGCCCCAGCCGCCCUCCUCUGCCCCCUCCCCAUACAUCCGAAACCUUCAAGAAGGGCUCCAGUCCAAAAUGAGGCCGGUAUCGCCACAGAAUCGGCCGGGGAUGAGCAAGCCCCCGAGGGAGCCGGUUGCUCAGCCGGGGUUGAGGGUGCAGCCCACCAAGCAGGCGCAGAUCGUGAAGACCAGCCAGCACCUGGGUUCUGGGCAAGCUGGCGUGAGAAAUGCUAGCUCGAAAACGCAGGUCUCUUCGCAGAAUCCUCCCCCGAGUCCCAUGCCUGGAAGACUCUCUGCCACCCCCGCUGCCGGAAGCAGAAACCAGCAUGUGGAGGGAACAGGCACCUUCACUGCGGGAGCAGCUUCUGGCCACUCGGGAGAUCGGCUGGGGCCCAGCCCCAGCGUCCAGCUGCAGCCCAGUGACGGUGACGCUGCGUAUCCUUUACCGAGUAAGAUAAAAACUGCAGAGAGGCUUCUGUCUCGCGCCACCGUGGCUGUGGACGUAGCCCCUCUGAACCCAGGCGGGCCUGUGAGCUGCAGCGACGUGCGGCACCCGGCUUCCCUCACCAGCUCAGGCUCUUCCGGUUCCCCGUCGAGCAGCAUCAAGAUGUCAAGUUCAACCAGUAGUUUGGCUUCAAGCAGCAGUUUUUCAGAGGGCUUCAAGGUCCAAGGACCAGAUGCUCGAAUAAAAGACAAGGUUGGUAGCCAGGCUCCGAGUGGCCCAGCUGAGCACAGGCCGCGCAGCACUCCGUUCAUGGGCAUCAUGGAUAAGACCGCGAGGUUCCAGCAGCAGAGCCACCCUCCCAGCCGCGCCUGGCACUGCGCGGUGCCAGAGGGGCUGCCGACGAACACGCCUUCCGCGGCUGGCGCGCAGGCGUCACACUCUGAGAAGCCCUCUCUCAAACAAGCAGGAGGAUACGGUAGCCAAGCCAAAACCCGUUCUGUGUCUACUCUGGGUGGAGGGGUCCACAACGGGGCCCAGGGGAAGGAGCUAGAAGAAAAGAAGUGCCAAAUUCCAGUCCACUGUCAAGACAGCCGGAUAACUAAGACUGUUUCUCAUGCGUGUCAGGAAAGUCUCUCUAAACAGCAGCCUCACAUCAGCAGUGAAGCCCACAGGAGUCACCUCCCUUCAGCAAAACCAAAGCGAUCAUUCAUAGAAUCAAAUGUGUGAGCCGUAAGAGAGACCCAUUUGUAGUAUUUGGAAAACAGUGUGUUGGCUCCUGGUAGUAAUUAAAUGGUUGUUUGUGAGAAAAAUUACUCUUUAGUCAUAUAUUUAUUUUUCCCUUGGGGGUGGAUCAGAUGCCAUUGAUAUAUUGAAAAUGUGGGAUUAAAUUUCUUUGAUAAAUAGAUAGAAGUCACCAGAAAUAAGAAUGCUAACCAGAAUUGAAAACUACAACUAGUUAUGCCUAUUAAGUUAAAAAUUUAAGACAGCCAAGAAGACAUUAACUCAUGCUUCUCUUUUGAAAUUGUUUGGUUUUUAUCACUUUUCUCCUAGCCUUUGCUAUGUGGUAAGAUCAUAUUAUUUUUUAGAUAAUGUAAAUGUCUAGUGAUAAGUUUAACUCAUGACAUAAUAUCCAAGUGAUGUGUUUUGGAAAAGAUGGAAUUUUCAAGUUAACAGUUCCAAUGAGUCAAAUCUUAAUUUAUAUAUAUAUGCACGUACACAUACAGUUGACCCUUGAACAACAUGGGACUUAGGGGCGCCGAUCCCCUGUAUAGUCAAAAGUGUACAGUGUAACUUUUAGUCGGCCCUAUGGAGGGUUCCACAUCCUCGUAUUCAACCAACCGUGGAUCAUGUAGUAUGUAUUGACCGGGGAAAAGAAAAUCCAUGUAUAAGUGGACCUGUACAAUUCAAACGUUUGUUGUUCAAGGGUCAGUGUGUAUGUGCGUGUGUGUGUGUGUGUAUAUAUAUAUAUAAAUAAAUUCUAGCUAAAUGUUACUAUA